UCAUUUAAUCAUAUCCCAUUUUCAGGCGAUGAACCGUUCCGUCUAUGGGUCUUCGGCACCCUUGUCUACACCAUGAUCCUCUAUUGGACCAUCGGCUCCGUGUACACCCUAUUCGACAUAACCAACCAGCCGGCCUUCCUACGUCGUUACAAAGUUCAACCGGGUACCAACGAACCCGUGGACAGCGACAGGCUCAAAAAGGUCAUCCGACAGGUUCUGUUCAAUCAAGUUUGCACCGGAAUACCCAUGCUGAUUGGCCUGUUCUACCUGAUUGGUCCACAAACCCAGGAAACAAUUCGCCAACUACCAACCUUCCCGACGGUCGUCUGGCAACUGGCGGUCUGUAUCGUAAUCGAAGAAUUCGGUUUCUACUACAGCCACAGGUUACUGCAUGACGGCCGUAUUUACAAGUACAUCCACAAGCAGCAUCACGAGUGGACAGCUCCGAUUGCUAUUACCGCCAUGUACUCGCACCCGAUCGAGAACCUGGUGAGCAAUUUGCUUCCGAUCGGGGUCGGAGUUUGGGCUACUGGAUGCCACAUUGCCGUCGCCUGGCUGUGGUUUACGUUGGCUAUUUCGAACACGCUUCACGUGCACUCCGGCUAUCAUUUACCGUUUCUGCCGAGUCCAGAGCAGCAUGAUUUUCAUCAUUUGAAGUUUACCCAAUGCUACGGAGUACUCGGGGUACUGGACUGGCUUCACGGAACCAACAGUUUGUUCAUGAGCUCGAAGCAAUCCGAACGGGACUAUAUUUUAACCAAGUUCGUUCCGGUGCGGGAGAUUCAUCCCGAUUCGGAUCAAGUUUCUGUUAAGAAGCGUGAAUGAUCACCAGUUCUUAUGCUAGAUUUCGGUCUGAAAUAAUAUGAUAGUACUACUGAUAUUAUGUUGUAUGGAAUGCUUUUAUAAUAUAGACACACAUGUUUGACUGAUUUA